UGCAGGAGAGCCUGCGGCCGACGCGAGGGCGGGAGGUGGGCGCGGGCGCUGGCGCUGGCGCGGGCGGCCUGCCAUGAUCGCGUCGUGCCUCUGUUACCUGCUGCUACCGGCCGCGCGCCUCUUCCGCGCCCUCUCAGAUGCUUUCUUCACAUGUCGAAAAAAUGUCCUCUUGGCGAAGAGCUCGUCCCCCCAGGUAGAGGGCAGCUUUGCCAUGGCCCCUCGGGGCCCUGACCAGGAGGAGUGCGAGGGCCUGCUGCAGCAGUGGCGAGAAGAAGGGUCGAGCCAGGUGCUCUCGACUGUGAACGAGGGUCCCCUCGUGGAUAAGGGACUAGCCCAGAGCAGUCUGGCACUCCUGAUGGAUAAUUCCGGAGAGCAGGCUGCUGCUUCAGAGGACAAGUGGUCCAGCAGGCAGCUGAGUGACCUGCGGGCUGCGGAGAACCUGGAGGAGCCUUUUGCCGGGGAACUAGGAGAGGACCCACUGCCAGAGGUCGAGGGCCCUAUGUGGGCAGCUGUCCCCAUGCAGACCGACCCCCAGUAUGCAGACUGUGCUGUCCUCCCAAUGGGUGGCCUGGCUGCAGAGCAGUGGGAAGAGGACCCCGCAGUGGUGGCUUGGAGCAUAGCACCCAAGCCGAUGCCCCAGGAAGAGGCUCUCAUCUGGCCCUUUGAGGGCCUGGAGCAGUUGCAGCCUCCCCAGAUGGAAAUCCCAUAUCACGAAAUCUUAUGGCGAGAAUGGGAGGAUUUCUCCGCUCAGUCAGAUGCUCAGGGCCUGGAGGCGGGGGAUGGUCCUCAGUUCCAGUUUACUCUCAUGUCCUAUAACAUCCUGGCCCAGGACCUGAUGCAGCAGAGCUCAGAGCUCUAUCUGCAUUGCCACCCAGACAUCCUCAACUGGAACUAUCGCUUUGCGAAUCUUAUGCAGGAAUUCCAGCACUGGGACCCUGAUAUCCUGUGUCUCCAGGAAGUCCAGGAAGAUCAUUACUGGGAGCAGCUGGAGCCCUCUCUGCGAAUGAUGGGCUUUACUUGUUUCUACAAGAGGAGGACUGGGUGUAAGACAGAUGGCUGUGCUGUCUGCUACAAGCCCACGAGAUUCCGUCUGCUCUGCGCCAGCCCUGUGGAGUACUUCCGGCCUGGUUUGGAGCUUCUCAAUCGGGACAACGUGGGCUUGGUGUUGCUGCUGCAGCCACUAGUCCCAGAGGGCCUGGGGCAAGUGUCGGUGGCCCCUCUGUGUGUGGCAAAUACCCACGUCUUGUACAACCCACGCCGGGGCGAUGUCAAGCUGGCCCAGAUGGCCGUUCUCUUGGCUGAAGUGGACAAGGUGGCCAGAUUGUCGGAUGGCAGCCACUGCCCCAUCAUCUUGUGUGGGGACCUGAACUCUGUCCCUGAGUCACCUCUCUACAACUUCAUCAGGGAUGGAGAGCUCCAGUACCAUGGAAUGCCAGCCUGGAAGGUAUCUGGACAGGAAGACUUCUCCCAUCAGCUUUACCAGCGGAAGCUGCAGGCCCCACUAUGGCCCAGCUCCCUGGGCAUCACUGACUGCUGUCAGUAUGUCACGUCCUGUCGCCCCAAGAGAGCAGAGAGACGGAAGUAUGGCCGAGACUUCCUGCUGCGUUUCCGCUUCUGCAGCAUCGCCUGUCAGCGACCAGUAGGACUGGUUCUCAUGGAAGGAGUGACAGACACUAAGCCAGAGCGACCUGCUGGCUGGGCCGAGGCCGUCCUCGAGGAAGACGCGCGUGAGCCUGAGCCUGCCGUCCCCAGGACUGUAGGCACUAUCCAGCACUGCCUCCACCUGACCUCAGUAUAUACUCAUUUCCUGCCCCAGCAUGGCCGCCCAGAGGUCACCACAAUGCCCUUGGGUCUUGGAACAACAGUGGAUUACAUCUUCUUCUCAGCUGAGUCCUCCGAGGAUGAGAACAGAACUGAUCGCAGGCUGUAUCAAGAUGGCACGCUCAAGCUCCUGGGCCGUCUCUCCCUCCUCUCUGAAGAGAUCCUCUGGGCUGCCAACGGCUUACCCAACCCCUUCUGCUCUUCAGACCACCUCUGCCUGCUGGCCAGCUUUGGGAUGGAAGUCACCGCCCCAUGACGGGCUCCCAGGGGAAGAGAGCUUCUCUUCCAGAAGAGCUCAGUGGAUCGGAGACUGCAGAAAUAUCCCAUGCUUCUGGAAACUUAGAUCCAAGAAACUUUCGUCCCCUCCCUUCUCCCUCCUUGUUCCCUUUCUCCCAUGGUUAGAUUUUCUCCAGGCCCGUCCACAUUCUCUGCCUGUGGUCCCUGUCCCGCCCCAACCUCUUCCUAAUCCUGUGCCGCAUAUGUGGUGGCCCUGGGAGAGGCGGAAGGGGGGGUCCUCCUUCCUUCCAUGUAUCCAGCGCUCCCCAUCGAUUCUUAAUUACCAGGGUUGUGGGAGCUACUGAUCUCUUGGUUACUUGCUUUCAGGCCGUUUCUUAGUGGUACCUUCUGAUCCGACCUUCUCCCUGCUUUCAAGACCUCUGGGCCCAGCACCCUUGCCAGGCACACCCAUGUGAAAUGUGUGUAGGGUGCGUGCAUCCUCUCGGGGUGGCACUGCUCUUUGCGGCCAUCCCUGCCUCUGACCAGUCCACUUGCCGUGCUUGCCACUUGCCGAGGGGUGGGUCAGGAGCUGUGCUGCCGGGCGGCGGCAGGGCCGUGGGCCCUCAUUGCCUUAUCUUUCUGUUUCAUUAGGCUUUCAUCGUGCCAGCUAGGGCAUACUCAUCAUCGGGGCUCUGGGAACGAACGGGCCCCACGCCUGGGGUGGCAGAUUCGGGGGGGCUCUCCCUGCCCCAGCGGCCUCUGAGCCUCCAACCCAGAGCUCCCCACAGGCCUGGCAUGCUUCCCUAGGGCUCGUCCCUUUCCCCAGGCUGCCCCGUGGGAGGCAGAGUGUGGGGUCAGUGGGCUGGGAGAGUGGUUUGAGGUUUAAAACCCUUUAAGGAUGAGGAGAAAGCGCUCAGGAAGCUCUUGUCUCACUGGACUCCGCGGCCUGCAGAACGGGGGCGAGGGUGGGCCCGCGAGGGAGAGCCGCAGGCUCCGUAGCUGCCUCAGCUGGGACGCCAGGCUCAGGGCCUCGUUCUCUUUCCUCUGCACACCGACAAGCAGCUUUCUGUCCCUCCUCCCUCAUUUUACUUUUUGCUGCCUCCCCCAUUCCCGUCCAUUUUCUCCCUAGAAAAGUCAGGUACUUAGCUCAAGCUAAACCUUCUCAGCAGCAAGGUGGCCGUGGGCAAAGCUGGCACAAGAGCUCCCGGUGGCAGCUCCUGAGGGUUUGCUCUGGUCAGCAAGGCCUCGGCGGCCCCUUGCCUCUGCUUUCCCUCUCCUAGUGCACGGGUGCCCUGGCCCAUUCCAGGCGCUCCUGUGCCCACACGUCACCUGCAUGCCUUAAUCUUCCAUUGCUGGGGUGUGGCCUGGAGUGUCCCUGGGCUGGCUCCUCUUCACGUCUCCUGUAACUCAGAGUAGCCGCCGGCCCUGCAGGUGUGGCUUAGUGUUGCCCCGCUCAGCCUCCAGAAUGGGACUAAACGAAUAGCUGAGAGGCUGGAGUUAGGGACGGUUGGCAGAGGUUAAUGUCCUCUCCCUUUUAUGAAAGCCAAAGACCCAGCUUGAACACUGCUGCCGCUUUCAUGGUUACGAGCUUUCCAUGCCUAGGUUCUGGGGACUUUAUCUAGGUGUGUGUAUUUUUAAACAUUGUUGCCUGGGUACUGGGCAUGUGCUGUCUGUGCCCAGGCCUGUCUGUCCACACCCCCUGUUCACUGUCUGUCUCCCCCUGGGCACCUCGUGAGAUGGUCUGAGACACUGCCCUGUUGAUUCCUAGGACUAUGGCCCACCACCGUUGUCUUCUGCCAGGAAAUGCAGUUUAAAAAUGGCUAAAGGUGGCAGAGGCCAGGAGGUUGAUAGAUGAUCUUUUCCUUGUUUUAUUUGUUUAUGUUUUGCAAAUCAAAUGGGGGUUUUAAAUGGUCAUUUAAACUCUUUUCCAAAUAAAGGUUUACCUUUUCCCCCUACUGUUGGUCAUUUUAUUAGGACCCAGAAAGGCACGGGCGAGAGAAGGCCUGCAGAAUGUGGUGGGCAGAGAGGAAGAGACUGAUCCUGCGGUGGGGUCUCCCGUCCUAAAGCUGGACCAGAGAGAGGCGUUACAGUCUCCCUCUGAUAACUGCUCUGAGGCCUGGGAGGAACGGGGCCUGAGCGAACCCCUGCCCUGACUUCUGUGGGGUGCAGCUCUCUUCUCCAUCCUUGCAAGGCUAGAAAAGAGCUCUUUUGCUGCUUUCGUUCUUACUCCGUCUGCUGCCCGGACCUCCCCCACUCCACACUGCAUUUCAGGAGGGUCAGGCCGCAGUGGACCAGAAGUGUUCUCCUGGUCAAAGCUUGGCAGCUGCAGGAGGUGUGAUGCUGGUGGCAGAUGCCUCUUGCCGAGCUUUAUCUAUUUCUGAUCAUCUCUUUUGCAUUCUGGAGCCAGGGCUGAGCUGUGGGCCAUCUGUUGCUGGAAUGGUUUCUCUUCUUUCCUGGGCCUCACUCUGCUGGUACUUUUGUCUUCCUCCAGCCUCCUUAUGCAGCAAAUCCACCAAGCCCAAAUGCCCAUGGGAAGCCCCGAAACCAGGCGUGGCUUUCUGCCUUAUCUGAACAGAAUCCCAGACCCCACACCUCUGAACCAGUCUGAGAAUCUGAAUUAUUUAAAGCUAUCUGGGAGCUUCUGUUGAACCACCUGGGUUGGGAUUCAGCAGGAAAAAAACCUAGGCAGGGAUUAGAAACGCCACUUGUCAUCUUGGCCGGGUCACUUGGUGACUGGGUAGGUUAACCGCUCCCUGUCUCAGUUCAGAUAUCUCGGUGAAAUGGAAAUUAAAGUAAUAAUCCUUUCCACUGGCGAGGAA